AUGAUAUGGAGGGGAUUGGAACACCUGAAUCACAUGAUAUGGAGGGGAUUGGAACACCUGAAUCACAUGAUUGGGAGGGGAUUGGAACACCUGAAUCACAUGAUUAGGAGGGGAUUGGAACACCUGAAUCACAUGAUUGGAAGGGGAUUGGAACACCUGAAUCACAUGAUAUGGAGGGGAUUGGAACACCUGAAUAACAUGAUUACGAGGGGAUUGGAACACCUGAAUCACAUGAUUAGGAGGGGAUUGGAACACCUGAAUCCAAUGAUAUGGAGGGGAUUGGAACACCUGAAUAACAUGAUUACGAGGGGAUUGGAACACCUGAAUCACAUGAUUAGGAGGGGAUUGGAACACCUGAAUCCAAUGAUAUGGAGGGGAUUGGAACACCUGAAUCACAUGAUUGGGAGGGGAUUGGAACACCUGAAUCACAUGAUUAGGAGGGUGGGGCCAAUA